UUUUUUUUUUUUUUAAACAAAUCGUUGCUUGAAGGAUUUGACUAGUAGAUUUAACAUAAUAAAACACUGUAGUGCUGUGCUGCAGAGGGAGCUAUUCGCUUGUCUCACUCUCAACAUUGUUCAAGGGUUACUCCGUCCGUCGGUUAUAAUAACAUACUUUGAUCUAGACAGUUGAUUUCAUUCUUUCCAUAACAGCCACAACUGUGGUCUAGUGCGUGUAGUCAGAACAUCAACUAGUAGGGAUUACUUCAAUCCCAGAAGUAAAGAUCCUGGUGCGAUUAAAAAUGUUUUCACAUCGAUGGAGUUUCUAUUAAUAGCCAGGCGUCGCAGAGUGAUGAGGAUUCAGUAGUGCAUCAGUAAUCCAGUGGAAGCAGCCACUAGAUUUCCAUAAAAAUCACAUCUGAUCAUCGGUCGCGCGCUCAAUACGGUCAGAUUACUAUAGCUGUAAGAAACGUUUGUACUCUUCGCAACGUUUGGCUGAAGCUGACAGAAGUAUCUCCGCCCACUGCUCAAUGACAUGCGAAUAUCUUCAUCUGCUGCUACCAAAAUAUCAUUUUGUUCACAAACCCAGCCUUCUUAUGACAGGAUGUUUGGCUUUGCCACAUGUCGGCGAGGACAAAAUGCUGACAGCAGGAUAUCAAAAAAGCAACACUGUGAUGAAUAGGUUAUAAUUGUGACUUUAGCAGGACCGAUUGUCCAACUAAUAAAAAAUGGGAUUUCUUCACCAGCUACACCUUCUCCUGUGGAAGAACGUGACUUUAAAGCGAAGGGGGCCGUGGGUACUUGCAUUUGAGAUCUUCAUCCCCCUGGUGCUCUUUUUCAUUCUUCUGGGCUUGCGGCAGAAGAAGCCGGCCAUUCCUGUGAAAGAAGCCUUCUACAGCGCGGCCCCUCUCACCUCAGCGGGCAUCAUUCCCAUCAUGCAGUCUCUGUGUCCGGAUGGUCAGCGGGAUGAGUUUGGCUUCCUGCAGUAUAAAAAUUCCACUGUGACUCAGUUGUUGGAAAGGAUCAGUGAGGUUGUGGAGCAGAAUCACUUGUUUACGUCAGACCGACCCAGUCUGGGGGAGGAGCUGGAGUCACUGCAGCAGCACCUCGAAAGUCUGAGCUCUGCACAAGGCCCUCUAGAAAGCCACUACAUCACAAACCAUGGUUUUACUGUGGGAAGAAUACUCAGGAACCAGUCCAUGUUCCAGCAGUUCCUGAUCAGAAACCUCUCCCUGCCGAGCGACACCACCAGCCUGCUACUCUCCACCCCCAUCAAUCUGAAAGAGGUGUAUAACCUCAUCUUUGGGACGUAUCCUAAAGUGGGAUCAAGGGGAGGAGGAAAAGAUGAAGGACAGCAUGAACCUCACAGUCUUGGAGAGAAGCUCGCACAGCUCAAGAAGCCGUUGCUCGGAGGCUGGAACAGUCUAGAGGGGGGUUUGAUCCAGAAGGCGUUGAGAGACCCCACUAAAGCAGCUCACCGCCAGGCUCUGCUCAAAAUCCUGUCACAGGUGCUGGGAAUUGCCGGGGAUGGUGGAGGCCAAAAAUUUGAUCCUCAAGCACUGCGCGAGAUGGAGGGAGUUCUUUUGACUGGUGCAGUGCUUGAAACACUCACUUGUGGAGAAGGAGGGAACAGUGAGCUGAGCAAAAUCUUACUGGUCCCUGAGAAACAACAGGCAGUUUUGCAGGCUUACCAAACAACUGUUUGCGGUGGUGGGGCAGGGCAGAGGGCGGAGCUGUUUGGGGAAAUGAGCGAAGAGCUGAAAGAGCAAAUUGAUAUACAGAGAGUCUUCGAUCAGUUGCAUCUUAAGCAGGCUAACAUGUCUGAUCUGUUGGAUCAGUCCCACAUAGGAGCUCUGCUGAAGAACCUGGCUGAUGUGGAGAGGCUGCUAAGGGAUGUGGAUCUGCUGUCCGGCCUGGCCAGGUUGCUUCCUAAAGGGGCAUGUGCAGGCCACCAGCCCCCUUCUGUAACCAACACCACCUCCUGGAGCUCCAACACUACAACAUGGGGUUCAAACACAACAGACAGCCCUGCUGAGGAAGGAGAGGGAUCCACAGGAAAUGAGGAUGAGUCUGAAAAUCCCAGAUCACAAUUUUCUGCCUUUGUUCAGCUAUGGGCAGGGCUUCAGCCCAUUCUAUGUGGGAACAACAGGAUCAUUGAGCCAGAAGCUCUGAAACAAGGUAAUAUGAGUUCCCUGGGUUUUACGAGCAAAGAACAACGAAACUUAGGCUUACUGGUCCAUCUCAUGACUACAAAUCCCAAAAUCCUAUACUCUCCCAUUGGCUCAGAGGUGGACAAGGUUAUACAAAAGGCCAAUGAGACAUUUGCGUUUGUUGGGAAUGUAACUCACUACGCCCGUGUGUGGCUCAACAUCUCCACUGAACUGAGGGCUUUCUUAGAGGAGGAUAAAUUGAACAAUCACCUGGUGUGGUUUCAACAGUUUAUUGCUGACCUGAAGAAGCACCACGAACUUCUGAAUGGCUCGGACAGUGAGCUGUUGAACAGUUUGAUGGAGGAGAACUUUACCUUGCCAAAUACAACCACUCUCCUGGAGCAGCUCCACACCAUUGAUAAUGCUGCCUGCGGCUGGACACACUUCAUGUCAAAGGUCAGUGUGGAUAUAUUCAGAGGCUUCCCUGAUGAAGAGAGCAUUGUCAACUACACUCUGAGCCAGGCCUACCAGGACAAUGUCUCAGUCUUUGCAAGUGUGAUAUUCCAGACCAGUAAAGAUGGCUCUCUGCCACCCCACGUAAUGUAUAAGAUUCGACAGAACUCCAGCUUCACAGAGAAAACCAAUGAAAUCCGCCGAGCUUAUUGGCGCCCAGGGCCAAACUCAGGCGGCAAAUUCUACUUCCUUUAUGGCUUUGUGUGGAUCCAAGAUAUGAUCGAGCGGGCAAUCAUUAAUACAUUUGUGGGCCAUGAUGUUGUGGAUCCUGGAAACUAUGUGCAGAUGUUUCCCUAUCCAUGCUACACUAGAGACGAUUUCCUGUUUGUGAUCGAGCACAUGAUGCCUCUGUGUAUGGUCAUAUCCUGGGUCUACUCAGUGGCCAUGAUGAUCCAGCACAUCGUAGCAGAAAAGGAGCACCGUUUGAAGGAGGUGAUGAAGAUGAUGGGCUUGAAUAACGCAGUGCACUGGGUGGCCUGGUUUAUAACAGGCUUUGUGCAGCUUUCGAUCUCAGUGACUGCUCUUACUGCCAUACUGAAAUAUGGCAAAGUCCUCCUCCACAGUGAUCCCUUUAUCAUCUGGCUCUUCCUUACAAUCUACGCCAUCGCCACCAUCAUGUUCUGUUUCCUGGUGUCAGUGCUCUACUCUAAAGCCAAGCUGGCUUCUGCAUGUGGAGGAAUCAUCUACUUUCUGAGUUAUGUGCCCUACAUGUAUGUGGCCAUAAGAGAAGAGGUGGCCCAUGACAAGAUCACUGCCUUUGAGAAGUGCAUUGCGUCUUUAAUGUCUACCACAGCGUUUGGUCUGGGCUCUAAGUACUUUGCCUUAUAUGAAGUGGCUGGAGUGGGCAUCCAGUGGCGCACUAUCAACCAGUCACCUGUAGAAGGCGAUGAUUUUAACCUUUUGCUGUCCGUAAUCAUGCUCAUCAUUGAUGCCAUUGUGUAUGGUGUGUUGACCUGGUACAUAGAGGCUGUGCAUCCAGGGAUGUACGGGCUGCCCCGCCCAUGGUACUUUCCCUUGCAGAAAUCCUAUUGGCUAGGUAGUGGGCGCAUUGAGACAUGGGAUUGGCCGUGGGCCGGCGGCACCAGACUGAGUGUAAUGGAAGAGGACCAGGCUUGUGCUAUGGAACACAGACGCUCAGAGGAAACUCGUGGAAUUGAAGAAGAGCCCAGUCACUUGCCACUGGUGGUGUGCAUAGACAAACUCACCAAAGUCUACAAGAGUGGCAACAAACUGGCCCUGAACAAGCUGAGCCUAAACCUUCAUGAGAACCAGGUUGUCUCCUUUUUGGGACACAACGGGGCUGGUAAAACCACCACAAUGUCCAUUCUCACUGGGCUGUUUCCGCCCACCUCUGGUUCUGCUACCAUAUAUGGUCAUGACAUCCGCACAGAGAUGGAGCGCAUCAGGCAGAAUCUGGGCAUGUGCCCCCAGCACAACGUCUUGUUUGACAAGUUGAGUGUGGAGGAGCACCUUUGGUUUUACUCUCGGCUGAAGGGCAUGGCCGAGGAAGACAUCCGCAAGGAGAUGGACAAGAUGAUAGAGGAUCUAGAGUUGUCCAAUAAGCGCCACAGUCUGGUUCAGACACUGUCUGGAGGGAUGAAGAGGAAGCUGUCAGUGGCUAUCGCGUUUGUGGGUGGAUCUCGGGCGGUGAUUUUGGAUGAACCCACAGCAGGAGUGGACCCGUAUGCCCGUCGAGCCAUCUGGGACCUCAUCCUUAAAUAUAAGCAAGGCCGCACCAUCCUACUCUCCACUCAUCACAUGGACGAGGCUGAUCUGCUGGGGGACCGUAUUGCCAUCAUCUCUCAUGGGAAGCUCAAGUGCUGUGGUUCCCCACUGUUCCUCAAGAGCACAUAUGGAGAUGGCUAUAAACUCACCCUUGUCAAGAAACAGAGUGACUUACACACUGCAGAUCAGUCAAGCCAGUCUCCAUCAUCUUCGAUAUCUCCAUGUUCAGAGAGCAGAGUCACGCAGUUCAUCUGUCAGUAUGUGGCCUCCUGCCUGCUGGUGUCUGACUCCAACACUGAGCUCUCUUACAUCCUGCCAUCAGAGGCUGUAAAGAAAGGCUGUUUCGAGAGGCUGUUUCAGGCCCUGGAGCAGAGUUUGGAUAACCUGGCCUUAACCAGCUUUGGUGUGAUGGACACCACACUGGAGGAGGUCUUUCUGAAAGUAUCAGAAGAGGAUCUAUCACUGGAAAACAGUGAUGCAGAUAUGAAGGACUCUCCUGGAGGAACAUCUGCAGGGAAGCCCUCUAAUCUUCUUGGAGGGCCUCAGUGUGAGGGGGCUCCAGCUGGUGCUGUGAUUCGGCCAGAGGUGGAGCUCAGUAACCUGAUGGUGUGCUCCAGGCUGAGUCCAAGCCAGGCCUCCCUACAGUCUGGCUCCUCCCUGGGCUCAGUGAGAGGAGAUGAGGGAGGCCUCUAUGCUGACUUCUAUGGAGACUACUGCCCACUGUUUGACAAUGGCCAGGACCCGGACUCUGCCAGUCUCAGAGAUGAAAAGUCCUCUCCUGAGCCAGCCAUACUGGAAGGUCAGGGCAGCUUUAAACUCGAGGGCUGGUGGCUCAAACUUCGCCAGUUUCAUGGGCUGAUAGUGAAAAGGUUUCACUGCGCUAAGAGGAACACAAAGGGCAUUUUCUCCCAGAUUCUGCUGCCUGCUUUCUUUGUCUGUGUAGCCAUGACUGUAGCUCUGUCUGUUCCUGAGAUUGGUGACCUUCCUCCCCUCAUUCUGUCUCCAUCGCAGUAUCACAACUACACACAGCCUCGUGGAAACUUCAUCCCUUAUGCCAAUGAAGACAGACUUCAGUACAGGAGUAAAGUGUCUCCAGAUGCCAGCCCACAGAAGAUUGUUAACACCCUUCGUCUGCCAUCUGGAGUGGGUGCAACUUGUGUAUUGAAAACUCCCUUCAACAGCACUCUGGACCAACUGGCCCAAACCCUGAACCCUUAUGCCAACAACUCCAAAACUCUGGCAGCCCGUUACUUUGACUCUAUGUGCCUGGAUUCCUUCACACAGGGUGUGCCUUUAUCGAAUUUUGUGCCCCCGCCACCCUCUCCUGCCCCCUCAGAUGACCCAGAGGCACAUUUUGAAGAUGGGCUUUGGAACUUCACUGCCGCACCCCACACUACUGUCCGAGAGAUGGCAACAUCUCCCCCCACACUGCCUCUGACCAUACGGGAGCCAGUACGCUGCAUCUGCUCCAUGCAGGGCACGGGAUUCUCCUGCCCCAGUGGAGUCGGGGGCCGGCCACCCCUCAUGAAGGUAGUAACUGGAGACAUCUUGGUGGACAUCACAGGUCGAAACGUGUCAGAAUAUCUCCUCUACACCUCUGAUCACCUGAGACUACACAGGUAUGGAGGCUUUACUGUAGGCAACAUUCAGAAAUCCGUUCCAGCAUCCUUUGGGAGAAAGACGCCACCUAUGGUGCGCAAAAUAGCAGUGAGGCGAUCCUCACAGGUGCUUUACAACAACAAAGGAUAUCACAGCAUGCCUACUUACCUGAAUGUCCUCAACAAUGCCAUCCUCAGAGCCAAUCUGCCCAGUAGUAAAGGAAACCCUGCUGCAUACGGCAUCACAGUGACCAAUCACCCCAUGAACAGGACCAGUGCCAGUCUUUCUUUGGAUUAUCUGCUUCAGGGCACUGAUGUAGUUAUUGCCAUCUUCAUCAUUGUGGCCAUGUCCUUUGUGCCAGCUAGCUUCGUCGUCUUCCUGGUGGCAGAAAAGUCCACCAAGGCCAAGCACCUCCAGUUUGUCAGUGGAUGUGAUCCUGUUAUCUACUGGCUGGCAAACUACAUAUGGGACAUGCUAAACUACCUCGUUCCAGCCAUGUGCUGUGUCCUAAUUCUGUUUGUGUUCGACCUACCUGCGUACACGUCGCCUACAAAUUUCCCAGCAGUGCUCUCUCUUUUCCUUCUUUAUGGCUGGUCUAUAACCCCCAUCAUGUAUCCAGCCUCUUUCUGGUUUGAGGUGCCCAGCACAGCAUAUGUUUUCCUCAUAGUCAUCAAUCUCUUCAUCGGCAUCACAGCCACAGUAGCCACAUUCCUCCUGCAGCUGUUCGAGCGUGACAAGGAUCUGAAGUUGGUGAACAGCUAUCUGAAGUCCUGUUUCCUUAUCUUCCCCAACUAUAACCUGGGUCAUGGAUUGAUGGAGAUGGCCUAUAAUGAGUAUAUUAAUGAGUAUUACGCCAAGAUAGGUCAGUUUGAUAAGGUGAAGUCUCCAUUUGAAUGGGACAUUGUGACACGAGGACUUGUGGCAAUGACCAUUGAAGGAUUUGUUGGCUUUCUCAUCACAAUUCUGUGCCAGUACAACUUCCUCAGAAAAGCCCAGAGAGUGGCUGUCAGCAGUCAGCCAGUUGAAGAUGAUGAUGUCGAUGUGGCCUGUGAGAGACGCAGAGUGCUAAGAGGAGAUGCUGACAAUGACAUGCUUAAGAUUGACAACCUCACCAAGGUCUACAAGUCUCGCAAGAUGGGCCGGAUCCUGGCGGUGGACCGCUUGUGUCUGGGGGUCCGUCCUGGGGAGUGCUUUGGGCUACUGGGGGUGAACGGAGCAGGGAAGACCACCACCUUUAAAAUGCUGACAGGAGAUGAGAGCACAACAGGGGGAGAGGCUUUUAUCCAAGGACAAAGUAUCUUGCGAGAGCUUCUUCGUGUGCAGCAGAGCAUCGGUUAUUGUCCUCAGUUUGAUGCUCUGUUUGAUGACCUAACUGCUCGAGAACACCUGGAGCUAUACACACGCCUCCGCGGCAUACCCUGGAAAGAUGAGGAACGGGUGGUUCAGUGGGCUCUGGAGAAGUUGGAGUUGUCCAAGUAUGCUGACAAACCUGCUGGCACCUACAGUGGUGGCAACAAACGUAAACUCUCCACGGCCAUUGCUCUGAUUGGAUACCCCUCCCUUAUUUUUCUGGAUGAGCCUACGACAGGGAUGGACCCGAAGGCUCGCCGUUUCUUAUGGAACCUGAUUCUUGACAUCAUCAAGACAGGACGCUCAGUGGUGUUGACAUCACACAGUAUGGAGGAGUGUGAAGCAUUGUGCACUAGACUAGGUAUCAUGGUUAACGGCAGGUUCAAGUGCUUGGGAAGCAUCCAGCAUCUCAAAAACAGAUUUGGGGAUGGAUACAUGAUCACGGUACGCACUAAGACCACUGCUAGUGUCAAGGAAGUGAUCCGGUUUUUCAACAGGAAUUUUCCAGAGGCCAUACUUAAGGAGCGGCAUCACACGAAGAUUCAGUUCCAACUGAAUUCAGAGAACAUCUCUCUGGCUCAGGUCUUUAGCAAAAUGGAGCAGGUGGUGGAGGUGCUGAGCAUCGAAGAUUAUUCUGUCAGCCAGACAACACUGGACAAUGUUUUUGUUAACUUUGCAAAAAAGCAGAGUGAUAACUUAGAACAGCAAGAGAGUUCCCCCUCUAGUGCCGGCCAAUCGCCAAUGCAGCGACUGCUCAGCAUCCUCAGGCCUCGUCCAGCUAACACAGAGCUUAGUGCCCUCGUCAGUGAAGAACCAGAAGAGCUGCAGAGUGAUGAUGAUGAAGGACUCAUCAGCUUUGAGGAAGAGAGGGUGCAGUUGUCCUUUAAUACAGACACUCUAUGCUGAAAUGGCUAUUUAGCUCACUGACAAAGAGAUGUUCAGUUCAGACCUGUGUCGGUUUAGUGAAAGACGUUUGUACAUGUUUUUUUUUUUUUCUCUUGGAGAGGAUUCAUCUGUCUAGGCCUGUGAGUGGGCUGCUCUUUUCCAUUUGCACUUUAAUGGCGGAGUGAGAGCACAGCUCUUCUGGGAACUCUAAACAGAGACAUGGACACAGUCAGCGCCUGAUCAGGCCAGAGAGAGUGGCUUUCUGUGGUACAAAAAUGAUAGAUUGUCCACAGGAUUCACUUCUUGCAUUGUGGAAAUUAUGGUUUAUAGAACUGUGUACUUUUUACGAAUCAAGCCUGCUGGAUGAGAAUGAAAGAGAAUGUAUUUCUUAUAUACAAACCAAUGGUUAUAGCGUGUUUAUUUUGGUAUUGCUUUUAAACUGAAUAUGGUUGUAUGAUCAGUAAGCUGAUCAAAUGUUGAAGUUACUUUAAUUGUAUUGCUGAUGUCUCAACAUAAUCAUCCCUCAUGAUGUAAGACCCGUUAGGGUUCAGCCUUUGUAACGUGGAAUUUUUAUGACUGUUUCUGCUCAUAUUCAGUUGAAACACAUUUGUAACUGUACAUUUUCUCUUUACUUGGACCUAGUUUGCUUAUUUGUACCUGCAUUGAGAGCAUGCUAAAAAGACAAGCCUGUUGUGUUGCGGGUUGAAGAAAUUGUACUAUGCUUAAAUGUUUUGAACAGACUUAUUGUUCCUUUGAAUUGUUGAAGAAUGCAAAUGUAUCUGUGCACCUUCAUUUAAGUUUUUACAUUGGACAUUCUAAGGCCUUUAGAUGAACUGGACCGAACCAGCCCUGCUAUAUAGAGAUAUUUAUAAUCUUGACCUGUAAUUGAAUGUACAUGUCAUAAGUGUUUUGUGCUGACUUUUGUGUCUCAUGAAACAAGGGUGUCUCAUUUAUUAAAUGAAUGAUUCUUGACAUUAAGCGUGUCAACACUGUAAUUGAAACCAGUGUCUGUCUUAGUAAAUAUAAAUUGUGUUAUUGCUAAUGGUCAAAAACUGCAUAAUUCCAGAUCCCAUAUCAGAUGCAUAUAGAAACAUUCAUAAGUGUCGCUAUCACUGUGAAGCCAAAGGUGAACUUUGUCAAUGUUAUUACAGAUAAACAGAAAUCAGCUGCUCUUUAUUAUUGUAUUUAUGAGAACCCUUGAAAUAUGUUUGUGUUUAUUGCAUUAAGUUUCAGAAAGUUGUCAUUUCAAUUUAGCCUGUUUGCCCUGUAACAUAAUACAAGUAUAUUAUUUUGUUUGUUUUGUUUUUUGACCUGAGAUCAAGUUUAUUAUAUGAUCAAUUUAAAAUGAUGCUCCUGUUGACAUUUGUCAUUGGUGUACAACAGGAUCAUUGAUGUUCUGAAGUUGUCAUUCAGUGUAGCCUGUUUGCACUGUAAUGUAAUAUGAGCUUAAAUAUUUUUGUUUUUACCUGAAAUCAGUUCAUUAUAUUGUUAAUUUGUAAUAAUGCUCCUGCUGAAUCUGAAACUCUGCUCAUUUAUGUCAGUGAUCCUACUGCUCAGUGACAGUCUAACCAUGCUUAAUCUCUGAAUCGUGCACCAUGGUCAGCCCUUAGUACUAUAAUGGUGUCUUAAUAUUCUGACAUUGCUGCAUAAUAGUGUAAUGCCACUAUUUUUGAGAGAAAUUGUGAGGGAGAUGGCUCAUAGAAACAUAAGGACUUCCUCAGUGCAAUUUUGUCAUGUAAUAUAUGACCAAAGGGAAACAAAGAAUAGUUUUUGAAACAUGUCACCUAAUUCUUUAAAUAUGAUCAGCUAUGUGAAAACUGACCUAACAAACUGUACACUUAUUUACUUGAUCGAUUAUAAAGCUGACUAGGCUGCUUCAGAAUAUAUUUCCUGCUAAACAGAGAACCUCAACAGCCUUACUAAAGAUCAGUGCAAGCUGCUUUUCACUUUGGAAAUUUAACAUGUGCAGUGAUUUAAAAGACACCAGCAAAGGAUUAUGGUCCUGUAUCGUAGACUAUACCUUUGGAUUGAUCUUGUUUAUGGAUAAGAGGAUGAUUUAGUUUGAUCUUUUUAGGAAAUGCUUUGAAAUGUAACUUCAUGUGAAUAUGAUUAAAUAUUUAUGAACGCUAUUUCAUCCAGUAAUACCUUUGUUCAGGUGUACCUUUUCAGCUUGUUUUCGAUUACUUUUAUUGCUUUCAUUCUCUUGUGCUAACUGGGGUGAACUGAUGUUUUUAAUAUUAAAGGGGAAGAUGGAUAAUUCAAUAAAUUGUUAAACUGAU